AUGGAUAGGCUUGGGCAUUAUACAGUGAAAAGUGCUCAUUCAUUGAUUCAAAAGAGGGAGAUAACAGAGGUGGCAGAGGAAGUUUCGGUUUACUGGAAGAGAUUGUGGAAGUUGAGUAUCCCUCCUAAAGUCAAAUCCUUUUUAUGGCAGGCCUCCACUAAUUGCCUCCCCACUAAAUGUAAUCUUCAAUUAAAAGGUAUCUCAGUGAAUGAUCUUUGCCCCUUCUGUAAUUCAUGCCGUGAGUCGACCUCCCAUGUCCUAUUCUCUUGCUCAUUCUCUCAAGUUUGCUGGAAUCUUCUUGGAGUCCAAAUUGACCCCGAUGACCUAGGUGUGUUCGCCGACCGAUUUGCUAAGCUCCUAGAUUCUAUCCAUGCCGAUAAUCUAUUGCACAUACCCAUGCUUUGUUGGGCGUUAUGGAAAUCACGAAAUGAGCUCAUCUGGAAUCAAAAAGGAGCCGAGGCUUCUGAAAUCGUGACUCUUGCCCGUAUUACCUUGGAGCAAUGGAAGAACGCCCAAGAUCGCUCUUUUGAUCUUUCGCUUGGAUUUGCUCAAAUUUCAGACGGUGCAGCAAAUUGGCAGCCUCCUAGCCCAGGGAGUCUUUUGGAAGCCAAAGCAAGCUGUGUUGGGGGUUUAGUUGAACCUGUUUUUUCCGAAGCAUUAGGGAUAAGAGAAGCCCUUAGCUGGAUAAAAACCAAAGAUUGGCACAAUGUGGAAGUGGAAUCAGACUCCUUGGUGUCAAUACAAGCUAUUCGAAGCUCCACUGUAUUCCUUUCCUAUUUCGGCAAAAUUGUUCAGGAAUGCAGACAGUUGUUGCUUGAUCUCAUCUGUCAUGAAGUAUCCAUCAAAUUUGUAAAACGAUCUGCAAAUGCUGUAGCUAUUUCUGAUCGUAUUGUUUUUGGGAGUGCUAUCCCUCCUGAUAUGAAUUGUGUAUUGUUGAACGAUUUGCUAGUUUAA